GUAGUUAGUGUACGCAUAGAGUACAGUAAUGCACACAUCAAAACCUCUUUAGUUUACAGUAAAGUCAUACGUUGUCUGUCACGUCCUGUGGGUGGUUCGCUGCCCCGGCCCAUCUGUCAGACUACUGAAGGGAGGAACUGAAACAAAAACAUGAGGUAUUUCAGACGCUCCUUCGAAUCCCUCUCUGGAGUCUCCACGGCAAUACAGCACGGAGCACAGCAACAGCAGAGAGACAGGCAGACCAGAGAGAGACCAGCAGAGAGACAGGCAGACCAGAGAGAGACCAGCAGAGAGACAGGCAGACCAGAGAGAGACCAGUAGAGAGACAGGCAGACCAGAGAGAGACCAGCAGAGAGACAGGCAGACCAGAGAGAGACCAGCAGAGAGACAGGCAGACCAGAGAGAGACCAGUAGAGAGACAGGCAGACCAGAGAGAGACCAGUAGAGAGACAGGCAGACCAGAGAGACCUGUAUCAGACAGACCAGCAAAGAGACCAGCAGAGAGACCAGCAGAGACACCAGGAGAGACACCAGGGGAGACACCAGUAGAGACACCAGCAGAGAGACCAUGGCUCCAUCAGGGCUGCACCUGCUAGUGAUCUUCAUGGUUGGUCUCUCUCUGGCCCACUGGACAGAAAACCCAGAGGAGAAAAAGUUCUGCAGCUGGAAGUGUCUGCUCUUUGUCCUGCAGUGGCCCGGAAGCUUCUGUGUGAGUUUUGACCCCUCUGAGUGCAGAGUUCCAUCUAACAUCAGUGACUGGACCAUCCAUGGACUCUGGCCUCUGAAAGAGGGGAUGUGCUGCUCAUGUUGGCACAUCUUCCACUCUGACCUGAAGGAACUGGACUCUCAGCUUGACCAGCUAUGGCCAUCCUUACUGAAGAAAAAAAGCAGUUUCGAUUUCUGGCGUAACGAGUGGAGGAAACACGGUGUAUGUGCUGCCUGUGUAGAGGGCUGGAACUCUCCUCAGCGGUACUUCCAGAUCAUUCUGAAACUACGAGCACAUUAUGACAUCCAAGGGUCCUUAGACUCUGCAGGGAUCAAACCUUCCUGCAACCACACAUAUGAGCAUGAUCAGAUCUAUGGUGUUCUGGCACCAGUCCUGGGUCACCAUGUGGUGAUCCAGUGCAUGCAGGAUGACAAGGGACGAGAACUGCUGAUGCAGGUGAAGAUCCUCCUGUCCAGGAACCUGACCCUGGGCUGUGAGCCCCACCAGGACCAGGACCCCAAGGCUCAUCCUCCCAGGCUCCUGAUCACCUCUCCUGGGCACCCCUGUCCCAAAGAUACCCCUCUGUUCUACCUCCCCAUCAACCACGACCACCCACACUCUCCCUGUGGCUGAAGCACCCAGAGAUACCUGUGUAAUACCCAUGUGCAGGCUCUGUUUAGCAACUAGCACAUUGAUGAUUGAAGUUUAGAUUUAGAGAAGUCCACACUGGAUCUGUUUACAGCCUCUUUCUGGAAGCCUUGCCUAGGUCUUUCGCUCGCGCACACACGGGGCUAGAGAAGACAUUAUCAACACAUUGAACUACCGUUUGACAUGUCUUGUGUUUGAGAAUGUGAGUCCAUCUGCACUGACCCAUUCACCAGAAGUCACAUUAGGAUGACAUCUACUAUAAGAUAUUAGAAUGCUAGCAUUAACUUUAGGCAGCUAACUAUAUUUCUUUAUUCUGUUCAUGAACGUAAUGUUGAUCUGUGUGCAACAGUAAACUGGUCUGGUGUCUGA